AGUACUGCUAUUUCGAUGUCUGAGUUUGUCACAGUUUAGCAAAGUGAAAUCGGCGAAAAAUCAUUGUUCAUUGCACAUAAGGAAAAACAGUAAUUCUUAGCUAAAUAAUUCAUUUUCAUAAAAGGCAAUAUCAGAAAAAGUGUGAAAACACAAACAGAUUACGAAAUUGGACCUUCAACACUAAAACCUAAGAAAUAAGCUAAAUUUUGCAACUGCCCCAAAUGUCUGCAAAUACAGCAUCUACGUCGAAUGCGACGGGUUCGUCUAACACCACAACAACGACGACAAUGCAUAGUUUACCUGCCGCCAGCACUAGUACACCCAGUAGACCGGCGGUACGUGCUCUAGCUCUUGAAUAUAAGUCUCUGCAAGAAGAACCUGUCGAGGGUUUCCGUGUAAAACUGCUUAACGAAGAUAAUCUCUUUGAAUGGGAGGUGGCAAUAUUCGGACCGCCCGAUACACUCUAUCAAGGCGGAUAUUUCAAAGCACAUAUGAAAUUUCCACCAGAUUAUCCAUAUUCACCGCCAUCUAUACGCUUCCUCACAAAAGUUUGGCACCCAAAUGUUUAUGAAAAUGGGGACCUAUGCAUUUCCAUAUUACAUCCACCGGUCGACGAUCCACAAAGCGGGGAAUUGCCUUGUGAAAGAUGGAAUCCAACGCAAAAUGUGCGCACUAUAUUGUUAUCAGUUAUAUCGCUGCUGAAUGAGCCGAACACAUAUUCUCCAGCCAACGUUGACGCAUCUGUCAUGUAUCGGAGGUGGCGCGAAUCGCAGGGAAAGGAUAAUGAAUAUCCGAGCAUUAUACGAAAGCAGGCACAGGCUGCAAAUGCCGAUGCCAUAAAAGAGGGCAUAGUUGUGCCGAUGACACUCGAGGAUUAUUGUCUUAAACCGACACGCAAAGCGUCCACAGAACCAACGCUGGACACGAAUUUCUUUGACGAUGAUUUCGAUCUCGAAACUGAAGAUGAUUUGCCAACCGACGAGGACGAUGAGGAUGACGAUGAUUAUGACCUUGACGAAGACAACACGAAACGUAAAGACAAUGGUACGGCGGAUGAAUCGGCUGAUGAUAGCGGCAAAGGUGAGACAUCGUAAUCUCACACAGCAAUGAAUAAUGAUUUUCGCUGCGGAAUAUGGGGUCUUAAGUGCAAGGCAACAUUGGCAGUUUGAAGGUAAGAAAGACGAAUGGAUAAAAAAAUUAAUUAAUUUUGUAAAUGGUAAAACAUGAACAUAUGAAAAAGGUCCUCAAAAAAUGCAGCGCAAAUGUGGCAACAAAAUUCAGGAACAAUUUAUCACUUAUUUCGUGUAAAAUAUGAAGAAAAAACGAAAAACACAAUUAUGCUAAAUAUUUAGAAAUCGAAAAGAAAAGUAAUUUAUUCACUUUUCGAAAAAGCAAUAAUGCAAAAUUACCGUAUGUAUUUUUUGUAAAUGAAAUGAUUAUUGAACAAACAUGCAUACAUAUACAAAUAUACUAGAGGAGUGCAGCGUAGAUGUAACCAGUACCGUUUAGCAGCAAUUAGCAAUUAAGUGUUUUUCUAAGAAAGUAACAGUAAAAACAGUAAACAGGAAAUAUAAAAACAAAAAAACGUGUAAAGAGUAACAACAAAGAUUAAAGCCAAAUAAUUAAAAAAAAGCAAAACUGACAGAAUGAACCGCAACAAUAUGCCAUAUUCGUAGCGCUACAAAUAUCAACUAUUUUAAAAUCAAAUUGUGUAUCACGCGCCCUACUCCUUGAUAAGUAUACUAUGCUAAACAUGAUUUUGAACAUAAACAAAAAUAAAUUUAUUAGUUCAUAUUCAUUCAUUUUUUUGGUAAGUAAAUGAAUUACCUGCUUUUGCGCAUAUUAAUUUUCUUAACUAUCCCGCUGCUCUACUCUCAACGUAACCACCAUGGAUUGACAAGCUUGCUACCAUGCACUAGCACUCGUUCACUUAUCGAAAUUUAAUUCAGAUUCAGCUGUAUUAUACCAGCUAUGAGAUCAUACAUUGAAACAUACACGCACUUCAACUACUUUUCUUUUCUUUACGUCCAGACAUUUUUAACUGCAAUUUUUAAAAUUUUACUUUCAAUAAAAUACUCUUUGUGAGUGUACUUUUAAUUAAAUAUGCAAUUCAGUUUUUAAAACUUCGAAGAUGAUUUUGCAUAACAUUGCUUGUACUACAACACAUAUGUUUUUAUUUUUCAGCAAAGCAAUACAUAUGUAUUUAUUUUGUAUUAAAGCAAGUUAAUGUAUGUUUUGUUUUUUUUUAUAUCGUACGCCUCUUCACAUUUUUUAUUUUGUUGUUUCAGAGCUAUAUUUUUAUACUCAUAUGCACAUACAUACAUAUGUAAUAGUUUUUAACAUUUUAUGUAUUUAAGACUUUAAUUUUCUGCUUACGUACUAGAAAAUAUAAUUCUGGUCCUAACGUACCAACGAAUUAUUUAUUAACUAAUUAAUCUCGUCUGUGUGUAUGUAUGUAUUUAAAUUUACGAUGUACAUAUGUUUUUUAGAAGAAAACCAAUUUAACUAAUGAAAAAUAUAGAUUACAUGCAAGAAUUUAAAACAUCCCUACCUACAUAUGCAGCAGUAGAUGGCUCUUUCGAAAAUUAUGAACACAAGCUAAAAAUGAAAAAAGGCUCAAAAUAAACAAACUUUUUUAGAAAAAAGUUUAAUUGCAAUCAAAAAAAAAAAAAAUUAUAAUGGAAAUUGAAUUAAAAAUUACGUAAUAUUAAAAUAUGUCUAAGCCAAGUAUGAAGACAUAGAAAGACACUCGCAGCUAAUAAAUUGCACUACAAAAAGGUUUUGAUUUAAAUCGUUUGAACUGAAAUUGACUCAAUUAAACAACUGACUUGUGUUAAUAAUUUUCGAGACAGUAUUCAGGUCUGUUAAAUUUAAUGUAUACCAUGAAAGCUGAAAAGUAUAAAAAAGUAUAUAUAUUUUUGUUGUUGUAAUAAACAAAAAAAUCGACAGAAAUAAGACAAUUAAAUUUUCUAUAUAACUUAACACACAGCAUACAAUAAACAAAAACAAAAAAUAGUGAUGUAAUUACUGUAAAAUAUAAGAUUGCGUUGAAAGACAAAUUCAACUAAUUGUUUUUAAGAUGCAAUUAUACACUAAAAUCUCAGUUAAUAACAAAAAACAAAAAAAAAAACAUUGAUAAAACUUAACUAUAGCGAACAAUUGAGAAUUUUGCUUUAUUGACGCUGAGGCAUAAGCGCCUUUGCUUUGAUGUUUAAUCAUGUUGUGAAAGUAAAAGUGGCAUAGAACGGAAUAUACAUACAUACAUAGAAAUAUAUACCUAGAAACUGUAAAACAAUGAAAAUUAACGCCAAUUUGUAUUGAAGUCUAUUUCUCAAUCCAUACACAACCUUUUAUAUCUCUUCAUUAAAAUUUCUCUUCAUAAUAAAAAAAAAUAAAUAAAUAAACAGAAACAGGAACCUAAUAUAAAGUAGUAAUUAUAAUUUGUAAUAUUGAAAUGAAGUAAGCGGAGCACAGACUCAGAGAAAAUAACUGCGGAUGAAUAUAAGUAUACACCUACUAUAAGAAAUACAUAUGUAUGUACGCUACAAUAAUAAAUAAAUAAUAAAUUGUAAAAUGAUAUACAAAACA